AUCCUCCUUGUCGGCAACUUCGUCUCGCAUACCGUCGCCGCCAUCAUUGUCUUGCCCCUCGUUGCCACCAUCGGCGUGCAUGCAGGCCAGCCCGCACCGCUCGUCUUUUGCUGCGCGCUCGCCUGCUCGGCCGCGAUGGCGCUGCCCGUCUCCUCCUUCCCCAACCUCAACUCGCUCACCGCGGAGGACGACCUCGGCAACGCCUACCUAUCCGCCGCCCACUUCCUCGCCAUGGGCAUCCCCGCCACCGCGCUCGCCGGGCUACUCGUCGCCACACUCGGCUACGUGCUGAGCAUGGGGGUGCUUGGGUGA